AUGUCCAACCUCUCGCGAGCAUUCACCCGGCGCAACAAGCGCCCGGAAGUGUCCGCUCCCAUGCCAUACCGCGGGGAAGGCCACACUCGACUGAAUUCAGGCUCCAUCAAGCGCAGCAAUAUAUCAGGCCCGCUCCAGCUACUCUCAACAACCAACAUGCUAGCCUACAACGCGCCCGAUAUAAGAUCCGCCUCUUCGUCAGCCUCCUCGCUCCGCUCAGACGACGCUUUCUCCCCGCAAAGCUACGCCUCUUCAAUGUCUUCCCCGGACGUCUCUCCUUAUGAGAGCUCACCCGUCGAGGCGAACCCUCUGACCUCGUACUUCCCCAAGCGCUCGGCGACAGUCACCAGCCACCCGCGCUCAUCGACCUCGUCCACUGACGCACCGGUCAUCCCCCAGCGCGCGCUGUCGCACACCAAGCGCUCACACCAGGAACUCGCCCGCAACCGAUCUGUCUCGCGGAUGUCGCCGCCGCCUCUGCACGCCCCGCGCAGCACGCCGACGAUCCGCGCCUCGGAGCAAUUCUUUCAGCCUGAGCAACCUUUUGUCCAGCCUGAGCAUCCUUUCAGCAAGGAGCUGGCGCAGGUAAAUGAGGUUGCGGAGGAAUUCGGUGGACUGAACAUGCUCGAUGAGGAAGAGCGCAUUCUCCACGAGAAGGGAUUGUUGAAGUUCUCCGCUAAGGAUUAUCUUGUGGAAGUGGAGGAGCUCUACAGUAGCAUUUUUGAUGAUGAUACUCGCGGGUCUUUGUACACUUCUUGGUUUUGA